UGCCCGUAAGGACUGUAGUUAGCCGUGGCAGCAAAACAUCUUCAGAACUUCUCUCUCAGUGAAAAUCAGUAUUGGAGGCUGGAGAGAAAUGCAGACUUCAGUUUCUAUUUCUCAUCAACCUUCUUAUCCAAUCAUAAUCCACGAUUACCAAACUCAAUGCAGGUUGGUUUCAUCCACUGCAGAGAAGGCGAAGAAUUGACCCCAAACAUUCAACAGUUUUUGGCUGGAAACAACAAAAACGCGGUUCUGAUGUCUCUUGGUUCCAUUAUUCAAACAGAAGAUUUCCCUGAUGAUUUUAUCGGAAUUUUUGAGAAGGUGUUCAUAAAGCUUGGGUUGAAAGUGAUCUGGAAAACCAACAGGAAAGUGGAAAGCAAGAAUAUUUUGACAGGAAACUGGUUUUCUCAACAGGAUAUUCUAGCGCAUGAAAAUAUCGGGCUGUUUAUAUCGCAGUGUGGUAUGAUGAGUAUGCAGGAGGCAAUUUAUCACCAUGUUCCUAUUCUUUGCCUUCCAAUAACAUUUGAACAAAUCACAAAUAGUAAAAUGAUCAUACAGAAAAAAUUGGGAAUAAGUCUACAAUUACAGAGUUUAACUGCCUCAAGCCUAGAGACUGCAAUAUUAGAUGUACUGAAUACACCUCUGUAUUUUAGUUUAACUGCCUUAAGCCUAGAGACUGCAAUAUUAGAUGUACUGAAUACACCUCUGUAUUUUAGUUUAACUGCCUCAAGCCUAGAGACUGCAAUAUUAGAUGUACUGAAUACACCUCUGUAUUUUAGUUUAACUGCCUCAAGCCUAGAGACUGCAAUAUUAGAUGUACUGAAUACACCUCUGUAUUUUAGUUUAACUGCCUCAAGCCUAGAGACUGCAAUAUUAGAUGUACUGAAUACACCUCUGUAUUUUAGNUUUUUUUUCUUCCAGUAA